AUGACAAACUAUGAGACUGUUAUUGAAUCAUCGAUGAUAUCUGAGACUGCAGCAAUCAUCUCUUCUGUUCUCACAUUCAUCUCAGCUUCAAUAACUUCUCAUGCUUCUGACACUGUGAUUCUUGAGAACUUCAUGUCAGCAAAGUUGCUGAACGAGGCAAGGAGCCAAAACGAGCAACCUGAAGUUACCAAAGGCGUGCGACAAUUCCGGCUGAAAAUCUUGAUGAGAUCAUCGAACCAUCAGACCCUCCAGCCAUUGUUCUACGGCGUUUGGAUGAUCACCUCCUACCACGCACGAAGUCAAAUACAUUGCCAAAAGAAUCCUUAA